AUGUCAAAGAAUAGUAAACCUGAAACACAUGAAAAAAUUCAAGAGAAAGAUUCCGCAAAAAUGCAGAUGAGUCCACCCGGAACCUACAACCAAAAAAGAAGUAAUUUACAUGAACAGCAUGUGGAGCAUAUAAAAACUGUGUUCAAGAAAAUUAAAGAUGAUGUGGACUGUCUAUCGAGAGUAAUUCCCCAGAAUAUGGAACCACUAGAAGAUACCGUGAUAGCCGCACUGCAAGCAGAAAAUGAAAUAAAAAGUAUUAUGACUAACGUUAUCCAAGAACUGCCAAUUGCUGCACCUGAUAUCAGAAUGAAAUUUGUAGGCGAUGACUAUAUUGCAAAAAUUAAAGAAGCUUUUUUUAAAAAAAAGCAGAAUAAAAAUACAAAAUCGACAAUUCCACAGUGGAAACCCGGGAAUAUCAAGGAUGAAAGCUCUGAUGAGGACCUAGCUCUAUUGGCCGAGUAUGAACCGGGAUAUCGAAAAUUUGGAGAGAAUUUGUCGAGGUUGCGCACUCGGUGUAUUCUUUAUCUAUCGUCGACAAUAGCAACCGUACUACGAUAUUGGGGGCAUAGCGAUAGAAGUAGUAUUAAUGGUAUUAGUACCGAAGAGCAAUCUUUAUAUAUCCUACUUGAUCUUUAUAUUACUGUUGCUAGUCAAACCUCGCUUCCACUCAUAUAUGGAAAAACAGUGACUAAUCAAAUAGCGGGAGGGCUGGUUUCUAAUUGCAGUGGUAUCGUUGUUGUUGACAUUGAUCUCACAAAAGUUCAAAUUAACCAGUGUGCCAGAGAUGGGACGCUCUUUUCAAAUUCGCACAAAUGCCGGCUUGAAACUACUCAAUGUAUUGCUGUGCCAGUGGUUGGUAAAUUUAAGCGUGGUUCCUAUCGGUGCCAGUGCAAGUCAGGCUAUUACUUUCCUAUGAUCAAUGCUAGCCAUAGCUAUUUUAAUGGAACAUUGGUUGAAAAUCAACUACUGGAACGGUUGAGAAAUGGAUCAGGUCACUCUGAUCAUUUCUUGGACUCUUUCCAAUGCCUACCAUGUCGUAAAGGAUGCCCAAAUUGCGUUGAUGAUCAGCCAUGCUUUGUUGAAUACAACAUUUUAUUAAGAGGCAUACCACUUGGAAUACAGAGUUUUUGCAUGACUAUUACAAUUGUCUUAGGACUAGUUGUCUUUCGUCUAAGAAAGACCAAGGUUAUUUGCAGCAGUUUCUGGGCAAUGUUAGAACUUCUCCUUAUUGGAUCUUUAUUGUUAUAUUCCACAGUUGUUAUACGAUACUUCGAGCCAACUACAUUGACUUGCUUGCUCGUGCCAUGGUUUCGUGAAGUCGGCUUUACCAUUGUUUAUGGUGUGCUUUUACUCAAAAUGUACAGACUAUUGGCAGAUUUUCAAUCUCGCAAAGCACACCGUGUCCAUGUGCAAGACAAAGACUUGUUGAAAUAUCUCUUGCUCAUGGUGAUUGUCGUGCUUGGUUAUAUGGCUGCUUGGACAGCGGUCAAUCUGGAUCAUGUCAAUGACAAUGUCCCACUAGUUACUUCUGGAGUGACAGUCCCUGCUGGCCUCAAAUAUUUUGUCUGCAGAGCACAUUGGUGGGAUUAUGUCAUUGAAAUACUUGAAGUUUUAUUCCUAAUUUUUGGGAUUUACUUAUGCUACUGUGUUCGUUCAGCUCCAUCAGAUUACGGAGAGGGUCGUUACAUUACAAUAGCGAUCUGCAAUGAAACCCUCAUCUCUACAGUCCUCUAUUUUGCAAGACAUGGACUAUGGCUGUCAUUAGACCCUGAUUAUUUGUUCCUAAUGUAUUUCAUGCGCUGCCAGUUAACUGUUACAGUGACACUAAUUUUAUUAUUAGGACCAAAGUUAUGGUAUGUUCACCGUCCUCCAGAUGAAGAACAUAUUCGGCAGAGAGCAUAUUCACAGUCUGACGUCCAUGACAGUAUAGCACAAGAAACAAUGAAACUCAACAUAGGAAUAUCAUCCAAUGGAGAUGUGGAUGUAGGAGAAAUCAAUCUGGCUGACAUGGAUCCAGAAGACAUUAGAGCUGAACUGAAGCGGUUGUAUACACAAUUGCAGAUAUACAAGACAAAAACAAUGAGAAAAGAUAAUCCACACAUAUCAAAACGUCGCGGAGGUCGCAAACAGACUCACAGACGCUUUUCUUUACAAGCAUUCCACCAUAAACAUCGACAUCAUCACGACCAUGAGCACGAUCAUGAAAUAUCGAAAACUCCUGAGGAAUCUACAAAUAGUGCUGAAGCUGUAGCCAUUUCUAUGGAAACAAGUGGUAAGACAGGUGAUGAAACACACGAAUCUAGGCCCGGGCCAUCUGUAUCUUUUAAAUCUGCUCACAAAUAACAACAGGGUUGAUGUUAGACACAUGGAAAAAAAAAUGAAAACAUGAAAAAAGAAAGAAAAAAAGAGUUCCUAAAGCGCUUAUGACACCAUGUGGCUUCUGGUGUCGAUAUUUUAUGUCAGCCACUUCCAAUAUGACAAUAUUUUUUUUGAAAAUGCACUUUUUUUCCCCUGACAUCUCUAUGUAAUAAAUAUUACAUUCAGAUGACAAUUUGAUUGACCAACAUUACAUUAAAAUUAUAAAAUAUAAAACAACCCCAUCUGUAGCCACACUACUGUUAUGGCCUCAAAUAAAUCACAUGGAUUGUUGUUUUUGAACCAAACAAACAAACAAACAAACAAACAGACAGACAUGUACCAACAUAAUCAAAUGUCACAAUAGUAUUUUCCUAGUUUAAAAUAUUUGAGUUUGUAAAUUGCAAAUUGUUACUGUAAACUAUUCUCUCAAAUUUCUUAGACUUGGAAAUAUGCAAACAAACAUGCACACACUAACACACACAAAUACAAGCACAAGCACACACACACACACACACACACACACACACACACACACACACAUGCACACAAACACACACACACACACAUACACAUCAACUUCUACCACAGGCAUGAUCAUAAUUGCAACAACAACAGAAGCAAAACAUGAUUAAUUACACAUCCACCACAACUCUGUUCAGAUACAAUGUUGUUAUUGAACUUAUAUCAGUAAUGAAUGCAGUUGCAUUGGCCAGGCACUACAGUGGCAAAAUUGGUUCCAUCAACAACUGCAGAACAAAAAAAAACCAGUUUACUGGGAGUCUUUCACAUGUUUUUUCUUUUUUCCUUUUUUUUUUUUGGUUAACUAUAAACUGCACAAAAGUAUAUUUAGGUUCAGUAAGAAUAAUACUAUGAUGUCAUUGUUAUUAUACAAGUGUUCAUAAUUAGACUGGCUGUUUUUUUCAAGCGAGUUUUUCUAAUAAUAUUUUGUCACUUAGGCUGAUCUGCUUCUGAUGGCAAAUGAAAGAAAGAAAAAAAAAAUUCCCUAAUUAUUUACUUCUUUUUUGUUUUAUUUUGGUUUGAUAUUUAAAGAAAGAA